CUCACUGUCCCUUGGCCCCUGCUCCAUUCAGUCCUAACUUGGCACACUGGACCAUGCGUCGCCCCUGUGGCCCCAGCCUCCUCCUACUAUACUGCUUCCUGGUGGGCAGCCUGGCACAAACCGACUAUGAUGAAGAUAAUGCCAAUGGAGAUGACAGAGCAGAUCCCCACACCAAUGAGACCUCAUCCCACUUUGUCCUCUGCCCGAGAAGCUUCCCUGGGGAGAAGAUGAACUUCAAUAACACCACCUACCUGUGUAUUGGAAAGGACUCCAGGGAGCACCUGUUCAGCUGGGUCUCCACAAGCCUGGUCCCCUCCCUCUACACUCUCGUCUUCUUGGUGGGCUUGCCAGCCAAUGGCUUAGCUUUGUGGGUGCUGGCUGCCAAGAUCCAGAAACUGCCAUCCACCAUCUUUCUGAUGAACCUUGCCGUGGCUGACCUGCUCCUGGUUCUAAUCCUACCCUUCAAGAUCUCCUACUACUUCCUGGGCCACCACUGGGUCUUCGAGGAGGGGCUCUGUCGCCUGGUGACUGCUUUCUUCUAUGGGAACAUGUCCUGUUCCAUGUUGCUCCUGGCCUGCAUCAGUCUGGACAGGUACCUCGCCAUCGUCCACCCGUUCUUCUCCCGUUCUGUGCGUGGCCCUGCCUUUGCCGUGGGCCUCUGUACCGUCGUCUGGCUUGGGGCAGCCUCCCUCACCCUGCCCCUGACUGCCCAGCGCCAGUCCUACCCACUGCAUGGCAGCUCUGGGCUCGUCCUGUGCCAUGAUGUGCUCCCCCACGAUGAGCAGGCCAGCCACUUCCUGAAUAUCUUUGUCUGCCUGGUCCUCUUGGGGUUCCUCCUCCCGCUGCUGGUGAUUCUCUUCUGCUAUGGCUCGGUUAUCUACGUCCUGGUGGCCAGUGGGAAGACGUAUGGCUAUGCCAUUAAGCUCACCGUGCUGGUGCUGGCCUCAGCAGUCACGCUCUUUACCCCCAGCAACGUCCUCUUGCUCAUCCACUAUUCGGACACCAGGGCCAAUGGCUUUGGAGACCUCUACUUCUGGUAUGUCCUCAGUUUGGCUGUCAGCACCCUCAACAGCUGUGUGGACCCUUUCAUCUAUUACUAUGUAUCGGAAGAAUUCCGGGACAAAAUAAAGAGAGAGCUUUGUCAGCAGGACAAGCGCGUGCUCACAGUCCGGAAAACCUCCAAGGAAGAUGUCGUUGGGUUGGGUACCCGCUCUACGUCUCUAAUAUAGACAUCCAUCUGAAGCGGCAGGGGGUUUGGCCGGAGGGUGGGAGGCACGGGCUUUCUGACUCUUGCACAGAAGGGCUUGUUAUUUGUGUCAGCCCCAGUGGAAUCCCCCUUUGUCCUUGCCCUCAAGGUUCCCUGUAAACCCCACCUUUAUCCUUUCCUCAGCAAAUUUUGCAAAGAUGAGAGGGGAUUGGCAUGCGGGCUUCUGCACUCUGCUUUCCCUUCCAGCUUCCACUUCAUCAAGAGGACUUUCACCAUGAACACCCAACCCCAUUUCCAGGGAGGUCCAGUACAUUGUUCCCUAUUGGAUAAGUAUUGACACAUCUGAUGGUGUCUGUGCUGGAGAAGAGAAAACUUGGUGGGGACAGGGGCCAGGGUGGGGUGAGGUGGGGUAACACACUAUCUGCCUUCUGAUGAUUGAAACAAAGAGGGAUUAAGAUAGUCUGCUUGGGGGGCAGCUAGGUGGUGCAGUGGAUAGAACACUGGCCCUGAAGUCAGGAGGACCUG